AUGGGCUCAGCCAAUAAAACUUUAAGCAGUACUAUCAACGAUUGUAAAAGUACAAGUACUAGUGUUAAUCAUGUUAAGCAUAAAAAAUCCAAUCUGACAAUAUAUUCAGCUGUCUUAUACUGGAAUCUAUCCAGAAUUUUUAUUGCAACUUUAUUGAAUGUUAAUACAGUUAUAGAUGCAUUUAGACUAUUUGAUUUAGAUUCUGUAUUCAAUUAUUCGUUGAAUUUUGUUAUUUGUAUUGCAAUGUCUUAUCUUAUUACCUAUGAUAAAGAUUUUGUGAGAUAUAUUGCUGGGAAGAACACUUUAGUUGCGAAUUAA